AUGCAAGUGACCCAAUUGUUGCAAGAGCUCCGGACCAAGGCAGUCACGGCUGAGCUGGCAAGGUCGCAGAAGGAGCUGAUAGAAGCCUUGAGGGCCAAAGAAGCGAUUAGGCUGGUGGACAAGCUGGAGCAGAAGGCAGGUUUUCGGGAUGAGUCCAAUGUGACCGCGCGGCGGUUGGCACCCGAUUUUGGGCCGCAUUUUGCGGGCACCCACAAUUUUGCAGAAGGAGGCGUAGCAUCGGUGGAGCAAGGACCACUUGAAUCAGUCUGCGGCAGCCGAGCAAUGACCCCGUGGGCAGUGUUGAUCGACCAAUGGAGAUUGUGGAUCGCCGUCGCGUACUGGGCUUGGAGUACCGCCGAUAUGGUCAUCGAAAUAUCGGCAGGGCAAGUCGCCUUGCUCAAUAACGGGCUCGGCAUGAGCUGGCUUUCAUGGCUAUUUUGGAAGAUCACAUUCAUCGGGCACUUUCUGCCCCUGACCAUCAUCAUCGUUUUGGACAGCAUCUCAGGAGACGGAGGGGCCAGGCCGGGCCGGAGGGAGCUGGCACAGAGACAGAGGUUGGCUGAUGAGUCAUCCUGGCUUGCCGGCGGCUUUGUAGCCGCCGAUCCAAUGGAUGCCAGUGCUUUGGGUCAAAAGGGCGGCAAGCCCAAGGGCAAGGGAAAGAAAGGCAAUGAACCACAAGAAACCCAAGAUCGAUUCGUGCCGGUCUUUACCAUGAAACAAGAAGAGCCCUUGGGCGCGCAAGCUUGGCCGUGGUUGUUGGUGGUAGAUUGUCCAGUACAGUGCCGCCCACAUUUGAAGCUCAAACGGUGGAUCACCACAGUGCGGGCCAUUUUCGGCUUUGCAGACCCACAGUGUCCUGGGAAGAGGACAUGGUACGGGGUCUCAGGCAAGACCCUAGGUAUUGAAAGCAAUCAGGAAACAGGUCGAGGUGGAAACGGCUCAUUAGAUGCGGGCCCAGUACCUGAGGCAAUCCCAGUCAUCAAUGCGGAGGAGGACCUCCUGGGUGACUUUGCGGUAAAAACCGUGGGAGAAGAAGUUUUUCACGUUGGCGAGAUCAGCAAAACGGGACCUUCUGGGAAGCCUGGGCGCGCAACAAGAGGAUCUGCUCGACCUUGA